AUGACACAGAUCCACUGCCCCACUUCUAGGGUAGGUAUCCGAGCCAAACCCGUCACAUCAGGUCAAUCGAAUCCAUACCAUAAGCAUGGUAGUAACCAAACUGAAAUCCUGCAAACGCACCUAGAUAAUGAUGUUCGUGUAACAGGUGCUGGCAAACAGGCAUGGCUUCUUCUUGCGCAGGACUAUGCACAAUCAAGUCCGGCGGCGGGUGUGUUGCGAUUGAAAGUUACAUACGGUGUCACUUUUGCCCAGCUUUAUGCUUUGAACCCCGCCAUCGGUGACGAUUGCCAAUAUCUCUCACCCGGCUACGCCAUCUGUGUCGCCGUCAAGUCCACUUCCACGACUACCAUACUGACGGCAGCACCGACUGAAACCACGUCUAGUGGUGACUCAUGUGCUGCAACAGAAUCCAAAUAUGGCAUCACUUUUGCCAAAUUCUUGUUGUGGAAUCCGUCCAUCGGUUCCAACUGCCAGUAUCUUGAUUUCGGACAGCAGUACUGCAUUGCAGGACCUGUGCAAACGGGUAUCACCACGUCAUGCACGACUUUCUAUACUGCUAAAAAGGAUUACUCAUGCUGGGCUAUCGCAACUGCCUAUGGUAUAACUACUGGUAAGUCCCUACCCUGGAAUUCAGCCGUUGGCAGUGACUGCUCAGGGCUGUGGCCAGACUACGAAAAUUGCGUCGCCAUUUGA